AUGGAUAUGACAGGGCAAGUAAUAUGCGAGUUGACUUUUGUUGCUGUUGCUAAGAAGCAUGAAGAUGUUGCUAAUAUAGUGACUGUUGUUGGAGGCUCUUGCAAAAGACAUGAUGCUCUUCAAAAUGCACAAGUUGCUAACCUCCAAAAAGCAUUAAAUGGUGAUCUUAAAAGUGGAAGAGGUCUCAAUCAAGUGACUACUCUUAAACGUGCUGGUGAUACACGUUGUGGUUCUUAUUAUAACACACUUCUUAACUUGAUUGUGAUGUUUAAGUCCGCAAUUGAGGUACUUGGUAUGAUUGCAUCGGAUGACCCAUCAACAAAUCACAAAGCUCAAGCUCGUUCUAUUAAGAAAUCAAUGCUAUCUUUCAAAUUUGUCUUUAGCUUACACUUGGUCAAAAAUGUCAUGGGAAUCACAAAUGAGUUGUCAAUAGCAUUGCAAAAGAAGACACAAGAUAUCGUAAAUGCUAUGGCACUUGUUGAAAUGUCUAAGCAAAGGUUGCAAAUGAUACGAGAUGAUGGUUGGGAUUCCUUAUUGGCCGAAGUGUCUUCGUUUUGCAGCAACCAUAAUAUUCCUUUCCCAAACAUGAGUGAAAUGUUUGUAUCUAGUGAUCAACCACAACGCAAAGCCCCACAAAAUACAAUUUCCUAUUGUUAUCGAAAUGAGCUGUUUCAUACAGUUAUAGAUUUGGAACUUAUGGAGCUAAACAAUCGUUUCACAGAGGCGAAUACGGAGUUGCUACUUUGUAUGAGUUGCUUGAAUCCUAGAAACUCUUUUUUUACUUUUGAUAGGAAAAAGUUGAUUCGUCUUGCGGAACUUUACCCGUGUGACUUUUCUAAGGUGGAUCUAAUGGCAUUGGACAUUCAACUUCAAAAUUACAUUGUUGAUGUUAAAUCCAAUGAAAAUUUUUCAAAGCUCAAAAGAAUUGGUGAUCUUGCUAUAAAGUUGGUGGAGACAGAUAAACAUGUUGUAUAUAGAUUGGUCUAUUUACUUGUGAGAUUGGUGUUGACUCUUCCUAUUGCCACUGCAACAGUUGAAAGAAGUUUUUUAGCAAUGAAGUACAUAAAGAGCAAUCUGCGCAAUCGAAUGGGAGAUCAAUGGAUGAAUGAUUGCUUAGUUACUUAUAUAGAGAGUGAUGUAUUUGAUACCGUUGAUAACGAGGAUAUCAUGCAACGAGUUGUGGUUUCUCGAGAUAGUAUAGUGCAAUUUUUGAACACCCUUGGAAAAAUUCUUGGAGCUGCCACUGACAUAAACUGA